CCUCUUUUUUAUGAGAGAGAGACGCUUAACAAGUCCACCACCGAGGAAGAAGAUGAAAUCAAAAGAAGAAACCUCUUGGGAGUCGAUACGCCAUGAAGAACUAAUGGAAAGUGAUUUAUCUAUCUAUGACGAUCUCGAUUUCCCUUUCUAUAUUGGCUAUACUAAAUUUACGUAUCGGAAUAAGGCUCAGAAGAAAAAAGAUGACGAAAUUGAAGUCGCCAUGGCUCACUAUAGAGACCGCUCUCGUAAUCUAUCUGUGUUCGAUGCUAUUGGCGCUCCAUCAAUAGCACGUUUAUGUGGCGGUACAAGACCUCUUCACAUAGAUGAUGAUGAUCGCCUGGAACUCGCUCCCCUCUGCAAACUUGCUUUAGACAAGUACAAUGCUGAGAAUCAGGGUGCAAAUUUUGUGUUUGUUGACCUUGUCAAGUCAACUCGGAGUGCUUGUGCUGGUAGUAUGUAUAACAUGACCUUUCAAGCAAAAGAUGAUACUCAUCCUUUCAACAGUCCUCAUAUAAUUUUCCGGGCCCGAGUCUGGAAAAGGGUGCCCGGUGCCGGACCACCUGAAGUCAAGUCGUGUGCCAUGAAGGCUACCUAACAACAGAUCCACCAUUGAAAUAAUGUUGCAAUAAUGUUAUGCAUGCUUACAUGGUGAAUCUAGGUUAAUCAAAAUAUUCUUAGAGACACUUAAUAAAUAUGUUAGCAGUUUAGAGUUUAUAUUUUUUUAUUUUGAAAUUGUACUCUAUGAUUUGUGGUAUUUAGAUCGAUUAAAAUUCUGCCAAAUAUCUUUUCAAGAAAACCACAAUGUGAUAAAAUCGAAGUUCAUAACAAAUAGUAGAAUCCAGCAUUAGGCCAGGCAAGUUCCAAAACAUAUUGAAAUAUAUGUUGAUAAAACAUCAUCUAAAAUGCAUUUUCCAGGUUUACUUGAAUCACAAUUGUUAAAUCUAGUUCCCCCCAUCACCGAUUCGAAGAUUCUUUUUCAAAUUGUUAAAUCUAGUUCCCCCCAUCAAUGCAAUGAGCUGUGUUUUCAGCAGCUCUUGCUCCUUUUUUUUUUUUUGGGUGGCUGGGCCUGUUUUUUCUUUUCAGUUGCAAUUUAUG